CCUCCCUUUGGUUUGUACCUCCUCACGGAGGCGAUGAAAUCCGUUUGGGGUCAGCGACAGGGCAGCGCUUUCGGGCCUCCCGCAAGUCCACCUCCUCUGCCGGCGUCUGUCGAGUGUUCUGCGCUGAAGGAGCUUUUCCUGCCAGAAAACCAAGUUCCUGUCCUCUUUGGGGGCAUAUGUGGAAUGUCGUCCUCCUGGAGAGUCACCGGGUCAGGCUGUGCCGGGGUUUCCACCCCCGGUCACCACAUGGCCCUGGUCUCUGUGCACUUUCUGGCGCGCCCAGUCCACCUUGGCUUAGCUGACUCUUCAUCUGGAUUCCGGGGAACUGCCAGGCGGCCAGAGGCUGAGGGCACAAGCAUGGGAAUCAUCCACUGGUCAGCCUCCAGGUAUUUGGUGUGGUGACCUUUUUACAGAUAAUGGAGUUGUGUCCUCUCGUACUUCUGAUGUCAGCCCCCCUGUGGCAGAAGUCAGUAUGGGGGCUUGCUGUAGGCUUCCUGAUGGGAGGGGCUGAUGCCUGCUGCCUGGCCACAAAACGUACGGGCAUGUGUUAGAGCAGAAAAAGAAAGCUGAUUCAAGUGUGUAGGGGAUUCUCCUAAGUCGUCAUAAGACCUGGGGACUCUAAGAAACCCUGCAGCUUGCCUGUCUGUCUUCCGGUGAUGGGACAAAAGACAUUUGUACAGAGGGUGACUGGCGUGGCCAGGCAAGAAGGGGCCCAACACUGAACACUCUUGGCAGCUAUUGACACUCACCUCUGGAAAUGUGACCCAGCUGAGCCUGAAGGCUCUGGUUUUCUUCCCUCAGGACUCUGUCCUCAUUGUAGAGCGGAGGUGUGGACUCCAGGCCCGGACUGGAGAAGGUCGAGGGGGAUCCUGACCCAGAGCAUGCAAGAAGGCAGGUUACACAGGAGCAAGUGGAGGAAAGCAGACCUCAGUGCUCUGCCAUCUGUGAAGCUCAGCCUAAGGGUGACCUUCAGGAGCCCCCUCACUGUGACCAGGAGUGGGAAGCCCUGGGCCUCUCCUUCCUGUUCAGGAGGCAGUGGAGCUGAGCCUGUGUUGCAGCUGCUCCCUCAGGUGGUCAUUACAAAUGGUGGAGUCCUCCAGGUGCUGGCUAAGGUUCCGGAUUUCACCAAGAUGCUCCUGUGGCAGGAGCCUGAACUGAGUCCACACACUGAACUCACAGACCUGCAGGAGGAGAUGGAAGAAAGAAAAUCAGCAGGUUUUGAGGAUGAGAAGAACCCAAGUAAUGGCAGAGGAGGUGCUGUGCAAGAGAGGUGAGACUAAGGACCAGAUAAGUUCAAAAAGUCAAGGCAACUGAGGGAUGCACACAGCAUCAUCCAGGCCUCCAUGUGCAGCCGGAGUUGAGCAGGGAAGACUGGGAGGGUCACUUUCUCCACAUGAACGUGUGCAGCUGCCCAGGAAUUCACAGGAUGGAUCAGGGUUGGUUUAUUCUGCUGGAAAGCACCAGUUCCAUGAGGAGGAGGAGGCAGCAGGAGGCUCUGCCCUGGAGCCCUCAGCCACAACCUUUGGAUUGCCCUCAGCGGCCGUCCUCUACGGAAGUGAGUGCUAAGAGAGCGAAAUGAGGUUUGGAGAAGAAUUAGAGACGUUCCUUGGCAGCUCAGACAGGUCUGCCCCAUGGCCAGAAGGGGCCAGGGUGAGGGGGGUCCCUUGCAUCUGAAGCAGAAAGAAUCGUCUUCCUGUGCCUUUAGUUUGGAAGGCUUUACACACAGGGUCUCUUCAAGACAUGCUGAGCGCUUCAUGUGCCUUCUGCUGUGUUAACACCUCGGAGCUCAGCUCUCAGUAAGCUUCUCCUGGGGAGAUCACCGCAGUGAGAGGAAGGCACAAGUGUGCAUAGUUGCACCAAAAUGUGCCUGCUGCUCCCCUGACUUGGGUCGUUGCUGCAGCCCAGAGGAUGGGAGGCUAGACUGAGGCCAUCUGUUCCUGAUGGUAGUGAAACCAGGAGAGGAAUCCCCGAGGACAGGUGUGUCUGCCUGAGAGUCACCCGAGGUGAAGGUGAUGGCAUAAGGUGCGUGUAGGGCAGGCUCUUCUUUACGGAGGGUGACGUGCUACAUCCUGGGAGAAAGCAGAGCCUCCCUGUCAGGACCGUUGCACAGGAAUGGAGCUGAGAUGAGUAGAGACUUGAAACCUGUCUUAUGCAAUCAGUGACAGGAUGUCGCUGAGAAGGUCCUCAGUGCUUGACCUGGUGUGAGGAUUCUUGGACACAGAGGUGGAUAAAGGGUUAUCCCCGUGUUUGUGGAGCUCUCUGUCUGGUAGCAGUGAACUCAUGAGCGGUGUAUUGGUGUUGGGGUCAACGGAGCAAGUGGUCCAUUUGGGCAAGGCAUGGCCUGGUGGGUGGUCCUGGAUCCUUUCUCUUUUUUCCCAACAGCUGCAUGGCCUUUCCUGGCUCCAUGGCCCUGGUUCCAGCCAGAUUCGGGGCUCUCAGGGUGCAGAUGACACCCGGACUCCAUGUUGCCUUAAAGCAGUCCACACUGCCCAGGUCUCCAGAGAAAACCGCAAAGAUCUGUAACUCCAACUAUGUCUUGGGGAAGUGGAGAAAUAAUGAGGCAAGUUUAGUAUGUCUUCUAGGGUCAUACCUGUCAUGAUGACUGGUGGUUAAUGGUUUUCUCUCUGAGAAGGUAAAUACUUUCCACACUUGCAGAUUCUCUCCCUAUUGAGCUCCAUGAAAGCAUUCAUUGCACCCUUGUGUGAGAUGUGUUGUGCUGAUUCCCUUGCGGGGGAUGGAAGGGGAGGGUGGGAAUCCUUCCUGAAAAGAGUGUGAAGGUGGCAUUUCCCAGCUCAGCCUGGGUGUCUGUAGGCGAGAACAUCAAUGGCAGAAAGCACUAGGCUCUUCCUGGUGAAAGGAGAGGUACAAACAGGAGCAGUGACAGUGCCUGGCUUUUGCUUCCUGAAGCAUCAGGUCACAGGCCUCUAGAGACCCUCCCUCAGGAAGUGUCCCAGGUGCCAAGUGUCCUAGGUGAGUGUCACAGUUGUUUGUGUGGGCUCCCUCCCUGUGUUCAUUUCAUAGAUUCUGGGUAGAGUGUAGCACAUUCCAAAGAAUAAGCAGAGGGUUGGACUAGGAGAGACGGACUCAUGUGGUUGGACAGUGAAUCUCAAACGUUUCAAGAUCCCACUCAGAAAGUGACCUUUCAGGGAACGGAAUGCAUGGGUGGGCUUUAGCGUCAUGUAAUGUGAGAACAUUCAAUGCAUUUAGCAUCAUCUGGUGACUUGUGAAGGCAACAGCUUCUUCAGGUGACCCCAGUGAUGGCCCUACCUUCCAAAGAACAAAGAGAGCCACUGGCUUCCCCUGCUCUUAUGGGAACGGCAGGCCCUUGAAUGAAAAAAGCUGGGACCAUGGCUCUUCCUCUAGGGCUAUGGAAUCAAGGAGAUCCCAUGGCAGGUGACCUAGGAUGAGGUAGAGGAGAUUUUAUGACCAUGGCCUCAAAGGGGUGGAGAAAAAUGGUGGAGGCUUUUGAAGCCACACGCGAGUAGGCUCAGAGGGACAUCACAUCUGAGAAAACAUGUUUAGCAAACUUAUGGACCUCGCGCUCUAUAAAUAUUUAUCCCAUGAUUUGCCGUCAUUGUGUACGUAACUAAGCUCUAUUGUAUUAGACGAGUAGUGAUUGGUUCGAGGCGGUCAGGAGUCUUCAUAUCAGCACACACACCUGAAAUGGAAGUGGUAUGUCUUUGGGGAAAAGGUCAAACUAAUAAAGGCAUUAUUUCUCAUUUUCCGAUUUUUGUUUUUGAGCUAACGGAAGAUUCGACUAUCAAACUACUAUGCUGACUAUGAUGCUGAUUUAAACGUGGCUCUGAUGAUUUUGAUAAAACAAAGUGAAACACCUGUUUUGACAGAUUGCUGCAGUAGCAUCCAGGACUGUCAGUGGAAGUGGGGAAUGACAUGACACCACCUUUUGGACACCCAGCUGGCAAGAGGUGCAUCUGCCUCGGAGACACAGUGCCUAUCUCCAGACGAUCAUUUGUUCAGCAAUAGCCAUACCUCCUUUAUGCAUAAUCAUUCAAAAUAUAUGUCUUUGUCAUCAGAAAAAUAGAUAAUCAAAUUGUGCUAUACUCCUAAAACAGAAUAUCUCCUAGCAUAAGUAUACAACCAAAUGACUGAUGCAACCAAUUGCGAUGGAGCCUCAAAACCAGACACUGGUUGAAAGAACACAGAGAAAGGGACCCUCCUGCAUCUUUACAAUUCAGUGACACGCAAGAAUAAACAAAACUCAUCUGUGGGGAGAGGAUUCCGGCCCUGUUUGUCUGUGGAAGAUGGGAAUUGACUGGCCCUGGCUCUCCUGCCACGUGUCACCAUGGCAGUGUCUCUUGGCCCUUCAUCAGACUUGAGGGCACAACACAAACUCAUGCGAGAGAACCAGGAGCUUCAGCGGCAGCUGGCCCAGAGCAAGCAGGACUUCCGAGACCUCAGGGAGAAAUUCCUUGUAUCCGAAGCUACUGCCUACUCCCUGGCCAACCAGCUGCAGAAAUACCAGUGUGAAGGGCACAGAGACAUCAUUGAAUCCGUGCUGGGGGAGAAGCUAGAGUUUAAGGUGGUGAAGCUGGCAGAGAGGCUGGCAGAGGAUCCAGCGCUGGCCAAGAGGUUCCGGGAAUUGGAUGUCCUGAUUCACGCUCAGGCAAGAGAGCUGACCCAGUUACGGCAGAAGGUGAAGGAAGGGAGGGAUGACUGUGUCCUGCUCGUUCAGCACCUCACCGACCUCCUCACCCACAAAGACCUUGACAAGGACCAGGGGCAGGGCUUGCGAGAGCAACUGACUGAGGGACACAGGCUGGCAGAGCGCCUCGCCCGCAAGUUCAGCCCAGAGAGUGAUGAAGACGAGAAGGAGGACGACGACGAAGCAGCAGCACUCACCCCCAGCAUGGAAGUGCAGGAGGUUGCAAAGGAGGAGGUGCUACAGGAAUCCCAGGAUGAAUGCAUUUCGACC